AUGGCGAACGAGACCAAGACUGGAGGAGAUGCGGCAGGGCAAGUCGUGUCGAGCCAAGAUGGCGAGCGCUCGAUCUUCUACCAGAUUUAUACGCAUUGCUGGUUCCAGAUCUUGCUGAUCAGCUUUAUCUGCUUCUGCUGUCCUGGUAUGUACAAUGCAUUGACCGGACUCGGAGGCUCGGGACAGGUCGACCAGACAGUCGCUGCCAAUGCGACUGUCGCUUUACUCGCUGCGACCGCCGGAACAGCCUUGUUUGUUGUCGGACCAAUCUUCGAUCGUGUCGGACCGCGAGUGUGUCUGUUGCUCGGCGGAUGGACUUAUCCUCUAUACUCCGGUAGCCUUUUGUGCUUCAACUCGACAAACAAUGGUGCAUUCGUCAUCGCAUCCGGCGCGAUUCUUGGUGUCGGUGCAUCGUUCUUAUGGGUUGCACAGGGAGCUAUCAUGACAACGUACGUGUCGGAGUCGCAAAAGGGACGAGCCAUCGCGGCAUUCUGGAUCAUAUUCAACCUGGGUGGAGGAGUGGGAUCCCUUGCUAGCUUCGGCCUGAACUACCACUCUACCAGCGGGACCGUUUCGAACGGAACCUACAUCGCCCUGCUCAUCAUCAUGGCCAUCGGGUGGCUCCUCGGAGUCUUCAUCUGCCCGCCCGCGACCGUACGAGUCUCUCAACUCCAGGCCACACCAGCUAGCCAGAAGAACUGGCGGCGGACGGCCAGCCUAGCCUUUCGCACCAUCACUGACUGGCGUGUUCUCUGCAUGCUCCCGCUAUUUUUCUCCGCCAACGUCUUCUACUCAUAUCAGCAAAAUGUGGUCAACGGCAUGACCUUCAACAUCCGCACGCGCUCGCUCAACGGUGCCUUGUACUGGAUUGCGCAGAUGUUGGGUGGCCUGGUUAUCGGCCUCAUCCUUGACUUGCCUGGCUUCACGCGGCCCAUGCGUGCGCGUAUCGCGUGGGUGUUCCUCUUCGUCACCGGCAUGGCCAUCUGGGGUGGCGGGUAUGCAUUCCAGAAGUGGUUCGAUCGCCGCAUAGCCCAGGGCUUGAAGCAGGAUAUCGACUAUACAGACGGCAGUCUCUCCGUGGGCCCUAUCUUUCUGUAUAUCUUCUACGGCGCAUACGAUGCCUUCUGGCAGUCCUUCUGCUAUUGGCUCAUGGGGGCUCGAUCCAACUCUCCAGCCGAGACCGCUAUCACAGUGGGGGCGUACAAGACCUUCCAGGCGACCGGUGGUGCGAUGGCCUGGCGCAUCAAUGCCUUGAAGAAACCGGCCAUGACACAGUUUGCGAUGGAUUGGGGUCUUUGUAUGGGCUCGCUGGUGAUUGCGAUCCCUACUGUUCUUGCGGUGACUCUGACUAGCGAGCCGAACCCUGAGCCGGUUGAGGGCCGGGAUUUCGCCAAUUCCGAGGAGAAGCCCCGCGUAGAAAUGAAGGCUUGA